AUGGUUUACCAAAUUAGUACAUCUAUAACAAUUAGUUCUGACGAUGACGAACAGGAUUUUGAUAAUGUACAAGGUUCUAAUAACGAUCAAGUUUCUAAUAAUAAACAGGGUUUUGGCAAUGAAAAGAAUUCUGAUAAUGAAUGGGAUUCUGAUUCUUUAACCGAAAUUACUCAAGAUCCAGAGAAUCCAUUUACUAAGUUUGAUAAACAAAUUAUUCCGAAUACUGAAGAAAUUCCAGAAAAUACUGAAGAGAUCGGAAAGCCACGAUUAACCAAAUUGGGUAAAUCAAAUGCGGAAAUCAUGGCAAAGGUCAAAUAUCAUCUUGAAUUUGAGGAAUAUCCAGAAACUUCUGAUGAUGGAGUUGCCUGUAUCUAUAAUGUAGCCAGCAUGGACCCUGAAAAAGCACUUGAAAUUUUUGAUCUUAAGAAUAUACAAUAUUCAUACAAAGAAGGAACUGCUCGUGAAAGUGUCUAUUGCCCUUUUUUAAAAACGAAAGUUUAUAAAGAGACGCGAGCUUGCUAUAGUAUUAAAAUAUGUCAAUUUGCUGCGUCUGAACUAGUAACAAUGACACAUACAUCUGUGAACUUUGAUGAUAACCUUUUCAAAAAGAUAUUUGAUGCAAAUGAAUUGUCUUUAGAUACAAAUACUUUAAA